GUGUCGGGAGAUAGCAGGCGAAAACUCAUGGAGAUGUGGCGAAAUGUCGAUUACUUGAUAAUCAACGAAUGCUCCAUGAUAUCCCGUGCUUUCCUGGCUAAGCUAUCGAGACACAUAUCAAUCAUGAAGACAGGAACAGAAGAUGGAGAUCAAUCAUUCGGAGGAGGAAGCGCGGCGUUGUAUUAUGAAGCAGACAUGACGGCGGGAGACACAGUAGAUGACUGUCUGGGUUGACGCAUAUUCGAGGCUUUCGACAUCGUAGUGCUUUUGGAGGAGCAGGUGCAUGUAACGGAUUCAGUAUGGAUGCAAUUCCUUCACCGUUUGAGACAUGGACAAGUACGCAGCGAGGAUAUGAAGAUGCUGAAGGAUCUGAUCAUUACAAGUUCCAGCUGUCCACCCACAGAUUUUGACUCACCAGAGUGGGGUGAAGCUGCUUUGGUCACACCUCGCCAUUCGGUUCGCACACAGUGGAAUGACGCUGUAACAAAAAAGCAUUGCGAACGCAAUGGCGUCCAGCUUUUCAUAUGUCCUGCGGAAGACCAUACAAAUGGCAGACCUUUGACGUCAAGAGAACGGCUGGUGAUGGCCAGUAAAAGGACUAAACGUAAAGGACAGAAGGAGAAGGGAGGUUUGCCAGAUGAAGUCAAAAUAGCGUUAGGAAUGAAAGUCAUGGUUACCGUCAACGUGCAGACAGAGCUUGAUGUCACAAACGGCACGAGAGGCGAGAUUGUUGACAUCAUCCUGCAUCCAGAUGAACCACCGAUAUCAAACUCGUCGGUGGUGAGAUUGCAAAGAUCGCCGGCGUUCGUUUUAGUAAAGCUCGGGAGGACGCGCAUGUCAAGUCUUGAAGACUUACAAGAUGGCGUAAUUCCAAUCGAACCGAUGUCAAAAACCGUUCACAUCGAAGUGCCAGUCCAAACAUCAAAUGGUAGAAAGAUCCUACGCAAAAAGGUUAACCACUGACAGAUUCCGAUGACCGCAGCGUAUGCGUUCACAGACUACCAUUCUCAAGGACAGACGAUCACGUACGUUAUCGUAGACAUAACCACGUCACCUGGAGGGAGGAUGUCACUAUUCAACCUUUACGUCGCUCUCUCACGCAGUUCAGGACGUGAAACGAUAUGCAUCCUGCGUGACUUCGACGAGAUGACAUUCUUUCAGCCUAUCGAU